ACUACUUCAUUAACUAUUAAUCAGCAAAUUAAACCCUAAUCACUAUCACUGAAAAAAGAAACCCUAGUCACUAUCAUUUUGAAUCUUCCCUUCCCUCCAGAAUAACCAGAAACUAUCAUUUUGAAUCUUCCCUUCCCUCCAGAAUAACCAGAAUCUUGUUUCUCUCCCAACAAUCAGAUAUAUUGAAUCAUGAGUAGUACUUCAAAGCAAAACCGGGGUGAUGGUUGCAAAAGGGCAAAGCGUAGCCGGUCAUUAUUGCCAGAGGAAGAAGCUGAUCAAAGAGGUAACACGGGAGGAGGAGAAGAUACUUUAAAGAAAGAUAGCGAAGCGGAUCAAAGAGUUAACGUGGAUGGAGGAGAAGUUACUCUAAAGAAAGGUCCGUGGACAAAGAAAGAGGAUGAAAUUUUGGUAGAUCAUAUUAAAAAGCAUGGAGAGGGAAACUGGAAUGCGGUCCAAAAGGAAUCCGGACUUGCUCGCUGUGGGAAAAGCUGUCGUCUCCGAUGGUUUAAUCACUUGAGGCCAGGACUGAAAAAGGGUUCGUUUACUGCUGAAGAAGAACGCCUAAUCUUUGAGUACCACUUUCUGAAGGGAAGCAAGUGGGCUCAUAUGGCUGCAUUGUUGCCUGGACGUACGGAUAACGAGAUAAAGAACUUUUGGUACACAAGAUCUAAGAAACGGCAACGAGCAGGCUUACCGAUCUAUCCUAACGAGAUAACAUCCAAAUAUUCGUUUAAUGGCAGUCAAGAAAGUGCUGACAUAUUGGCAAAUGAAUCCAGCCAGAGUGAUGAAACAGAAAACUUCAACAUGGAUAUAACUGACUUGGACCUUAAAGAUUACAAAUUCUGCCCAGAUAUGUUGCCACCGUUUUUUGAUUCACAAGAUGCAUGGAUAAGGCACAGAUAUUUGAUCAGUAGCAGUAGUGCUUCUGUCCCGGAAGUAUUUGAUCAGUAUGGCCAAUAUCCUAUGUUGUCUACUCCAUUUGAUCCGAUUCUUGACACCAACCUUCUUCAUGGAUAUGAUAAUCCUAUACCCGGUUUUCAUGCCGCGUCAAAUAUCUCUUCUUCUGAGCCCAUAUAUGGGUCCAUGAGUUUUGAGCUCCCUUCAUUCCAAAGUUCACCGACUCAACAGUGUACCUGGAGCGGCAUGUAUGUGUCGCCACUUCCCUCAUUUGAGUCUGUUGACACGCCGGUUCAGGCUCCUCCGAUUGAGUCUUGUCUGUCCGUUCCAGUUCCAGUUCCAGAUUCUCCGGAUUGGAGUCAUUUAAUUGAUCCAAUAGUAUACUACAAUUCAGAUCAAAAUUUAGAAGGCACGAGUAUUGACUCAUUGCAAGCAAAUACUGAGAGCAUGGCUCCCAAUGAGGCAGACAUUAGUACACAAUGGAAUGGACUAGAUUAUGAUCAAUGCCCUGCUUUAAGUACUCGCCAAAUAAACAUCUCAAGAUGGUUCCACUCAGAAAUUGAAACCUCUCUGGAUGAUAUUUACGGUGAUGCGUUUAAUGAUCAGCUUCCGGCUGAUUCUUCUUUUGACAAAGAAGAUAAUUUGAAUCAGAAAGGUUUGGCGCUACCAAAUGCCGUGCUCGACUCUGGCUGACAUUGAGUAAAAAUGAUGAUCAAUGUAUUGUUGUAACUUGUGUAUUUGCUUGAUCAAAAAAUUUUGUUUUUCAUCUUAUGUAAAUUGCGUGUUAACGUAACUUGUGUAUUAAACUUCAUCAUCUUAUGAUUAGGGUUUUUCUUUUUUUAUUUGGCAAAGUCUCUGGGAUUUCAAUUUGUUGAAUGUUAUGAACAUGG